UGACACCCGAUGCCCCGUGUGAAGAAGAGGAGGAGGAAGUCUGUCCCAGCAGUCUUCUGCUCUGACGAUGUCGUGUUCAUGGGAGCAUUAAACAGACUCGAUGAUGAUGACGGGAGGAUGAUAACAGUUUAACAUGAGGAGCUUUAGUCAUCAUUCCGAGACCAGCUCAGUGCACAAGGGGCAGAUAAAAGAGUGAAACGUGAUGCGGACAAUGGCCUAGGGACCAAGGCCUCCGGACAGGGGUGUCAGUGGAGACCCAGACAGCCUCGUGGGUUUCCUUGACCUGAGCUGCCUUCACCUCUACUCUGUUUGCUUAUAACCUUCAGCAUCCUCACUGCUCCGAGAACAGAUGACCACAAUGUGCAGCUCCUAAACUUGGACAGAAGCACUCUCCAUCAUGGACGCCAAAAAGCCUGGGGUGUUGAAGCACCUGCGUCAGAAGGUGCACCCACUGCUGCCUAACCUGUUGAGACACAAGACAUCCGCAAAAAAGGGACCCCUGCAGUCUGGGCUGAGCUCCUCCGUACCGGACAUGAGGCAAAACUAUGUCCCUGUCCCAUCUACAGUGCACAUCCAAAAAAGCGACAUGUCCAGCUAUAGCAACCCUGCAACACCACUCAACAAAACAGCUAGGAGGCAGGCAGGAGGUGGGAGUAGCCCACGGAUGGGAGCAGGGAGGAGUGAACAGGUCUUGUGUGUGCCAGCAGACUGCGCAGAUGGGAAUUCCUCCAGAAACUCUGAGAGCAGCCAGAAGCACCUGAGAGCUGCAGAUAUAGAGCCAGAGGAACUGGGCCUGCCCGAGGUCAUGACCAUUUACAGCCCGAUGCAGCACACCGGGGAAACAGAACAGCAAGAUGACAAUUCUGAAUUGAACAGUGAUAUGGACAUCAAUGGAGACACCAAAACUAUUGAGCCGGGCGGUGAGUCUCUGGCUGGAUCAGACGUCACAGAGCCUGUAAAGUCCUUUCUGGUGACCAUCACACUGAAGGAAGGACGCAACCUCGUCAUCAGGGACCGAUGUGGUACAAGUGACCCAUACGUUAAGUUUAAAUUGGAUGGAAAGACAUUCUACAAAAGCAAAGUGGUAUAUAAAAAUCUAAAUCCUUCAUGGAAUGAGACCUUCUCUAUGCCAGUCAAAGAUCUGAACCAGAAGCUCUAUAUUAAGGUAUAUGAUCGUGAUCUAACAACCGAUGACUUUAUGGGUUCUGCUAGUGUCCUUCUGAGUGAACUGGAGUUGGACAAACUAAGUGAGGUGUCCCUGGCGCUGAAUGACCCCAACAGCCUGGAGGAGGACAUGGGGCUGCUGCUUAUGGACAUGAUCCUGACGCUCAGAGAUGGAGGCAGCAGGAAACUCAAUCGAUGGUCCAGAAAACACAGCAGUAGGAUAGGAAACCCAAAUCAGAGUUUCCGCCUGUCACAUACGUUACAGAAGAGCCAGCUGUGGACGUCUGUGGUGACAGUGACUCUGGUGGAGGGCCAUGACCUGCCUGUAGAGUCUUCAGUUGGACACUAUUUUGUCUCAUUCAGACUUGGAGAGCAGAGAUUUAAAAGCAAGAAUAAAAACAAAAUGGCCAAUCCACAGUGGAAAGAGAGAUUCACAUUUAACCAAUUCAUGGAUAGCCCAGACAUUAUGGAAGUGGAGGUCUGGUCCAAGGAGGGACGCAAGACUGAGGAGUGUCUGGGAGUGUGUGAAGUGAACCUGUCCCAGAUCUCUGUCAAUCAAAGGAAGCUCUUCACGCACAUACUGGAGCAGGGGAGGGGCCGCGUGCUCUUCCUGGUGGAGCUGAGCACAUGCAGCGGAGUCUCCCUGUCCGACCUGUGCGCCGCGCCGCUUGACGAACCGCGCGAAAGACAGAGCCAGCUGGAGAACUAUAGUUUGAAGAAAUCCUUAAGAAAUAUGCGUGAUGUUGGUUUUCUCCAAGUGAAAAUCCUGAAAGCUUCAGACUUGAUAGCAGCUGAUAUAAAUGGGAAAAGUGAUCCUUUCUGUGUGUUGGACUUGGGAAAUGACAGACUUCAGACACACAUGGUUUACAAAACCCUGUAUCCAGAGUGGAAUAAAGUGAUUACACUCCCUGUCAAAGACAUUCAUGAUGUUCUGAUUGUGACAGUCUUUGAUGAGGACGGAGACAAGGCGCCAGACUUUUUGGGGAAAGUUGCCGUUCCUCUCCUCUCGAUCCGGGGGGGACAACAGAUCACACUCCCACUGUUAAAACAGGACCUGAGUGGCCUGUCAAAGGGGACCAUCACUCUGGAGCUGGAGGUCAUCUUUAACCCUAUCAAAGCAAGUAUGAGAACAUUUCAACCCAAAGAGAGGCUUUUUAUUGAAGAUAACCCGAAAUUUUCCAAAAAGGCCCUGGCUCGAAACGUGAUGCGCGUUCAGACACUGUUCAGGGCUAUCAUGUCGGCGUUGCAGUACAUCAAAAGCUGCUUCCAGUGGGAGAAUACUCAGAGGAGCCUGGUUGCCUUCCUGUUGUUUAUUGUGGUGGUGUGGAACUGGGAGUUUUACAUGCUGCCGCUCUUCCUGGUCGGGCUCAUCUCAUGGAAGUAUAUGCAAAUACGAUCUUCUCCGGGUAGUCAAGAUCUGGUAAAUAUGGAUGUGGCCGAUGAGGAGGACGAAGAUGAUAAGGAAUCAGAAAAGAAAGGUCUGUUGGACAGAAUCCACAUGGUCCAAGACACGGUCAUCUUAGUUCAAAAUAUCCUCGACGAGAUUGCCUGCUUCGGAGAGAGGAUUAAAAACACAUUCAACUGGUCUGUGCCAUUCCUGAGCUGCUUGGCUUUUAUCAUCUUUGUCAUCGCCACAGUACUCACGUACUUCAUCCCAAUACGUUACAUCAUUUUAGUCUGGGGUAUCAAUAAAUUCACCAAGAAAUUACGGAACCCGUACAGCAUCGACAACAACGAAGUGCUCGAUUUCCUGUCCCGAGUGCCUUCAGAUGUGCAGAAGGUGCAGUAUAGUACGACCAGAGGUACCAGGAGGAAGAGGACCUCGUAGUCCAUGAAAGAAACAUGAUGCUGAUCUUUGCACAAGAAGAGGGCUGGGCACUGUGAUAUAUGUGGUACUUCUUCAAAUGUAGU